AUGAUCGAGACACGACUCUCGAAAUGUCAUUUUCUUUCUUUCUUCAUUAAUAAUUUUCCAAACAACCACUUUUGGACUGCUCUUUCCAAAUCUUGUGCCAAACAAAUAACCCUCUCAAUCCAAAAUCCCGAGAUAUUGAUCAAGGUGUUGGAGGAAACAAAGGUGAAAUGGAUUCCAGGUCGCGAGGGGACGCUCCGUUUGAUCCAUCGACCCUGCGAGAAAACACCACCGAUAGACGAGAUUUUAUGUAAAGUGUUUGCCGGAAUUCGAUCGUUGAAGAAAAAUGAUGACGAGAAGUUUUUUGCUGCGAGAUUCAGUGAAACGAAAGGAAUAUUUUGGAAAGUCAAGCUCGAGCCCUCGUACGAAAAGGGGAAGAUCAGAGAAAUGGAGGUGAGAAUGAGGAUGAUGACUCAAUCAGAACUAGCGAGAAGAGGAUCCUCUUAUCAAAUCCGUGCGGGAACUCUUUUCAAUUCAUCUACAAAAUCCAAU